CUUCCCUGUUAAUUUGCGUUUGCAAUCGCCAACGACCAUUGGUCACUCGCAUAUUCUCUCUCUCCUCUCCUCCGAUGCCUUGCUUCCUCUGUUUCCGGCUUUGAUCCUUCUCUUCAUUUCUUUACAAAUCCAUUCUCACACACGAAACCUCAAGAAUCCAUCACAUUUUUUGAUUCACACAAGCCUCUACUUUCGUGUUCUCUCGUUUUCUGCUCAACUUUGUCAAUUUUUAGGGAGAUGCUCAAGCUUUAAUCGCCGGUUGCUGGUAUAUUUAGGGAAGAGACUAAAAUGAUUGCCAUUUUUUCUGGUGAUAUCUGAGACCUGGAUGGAUACAAAGCAACAUAUUGCAAUUUUUACCACGGCCAGUCUUCCAUGGAUGACUGGAACUGCAGUAAACCCUCUAUUUCGUGCUGCCUAUCUAUCAAUCGGUGGGGAUAGAAAGGUCACACUGGUGGUUCCUUGGUUAUCUAUACGAGAUCAGGAACUUGUAUAUCCCAGCAACACAACCUUCGUCUUACCCUCACAGCAGGAGAAAUACAUUCGGGAAUGGCUCGAAGAAAGAAUAGGAUCAAAAUUCAAUUUCAACCUCCAAUUUUAUCCUGGGAAGUUUGCCGUAGAUAAAAGGAGCAUUCUCCCUGUUGGUGAUAUUUCAGAAAUCAUCCCUGAUGACGAAUCAGAUAUUGCUAUCCUUGAGGAGCCGGAGCAUCUAACAUGGUAUCAUCAUGGAAGGAGAUGGAAAAAGAAAUUCAAAUGGGUGGUAGGAAUUAUCCAUACCAACUAUUUGGAAUACGUUAAACGGGAGAAGAAUGGGGCAGUUGAAGCUUUUCUUCUUGAACAUAUAAACAGAUGGGUUGUUCAUAUCUAUUGCCACAAGGUGAUUAGGUUAUCUGCUGCUACCCAGGAUUAUCCAAAGUCGGUUAUCUGCAAUGUUCAUGGAGUCAAUCCCAAAUUCCUCGAGAUAGGUAAGAAGAAGAUGGAACAGCGACAAGAUGAGGAUCAAGUUUUUGGCAAAGGUGUCUAUUAUAUAGGGAAGAUGAUAUGGAGCAAGGGAUACAGGGAGCUGCUUAAACUUCUUGGCGAUCAUCAGAAGGAUUUAGCUGGGAUUGAGGUUGAUUUAUUUGGAAAUGGAGAAGAUUCUGAUGAAGUCCAGAAAGCUGCUCAAGACUUGGAAUUAUCUGUUAAAGUUCAUCCUGGACGCGAUCACACAGAUCCGAUCUUCCAUGAUUACAAAGUGUUUGUGAAUCCAAGCACCACAGACGUUGUUUGCACCACCACAGCUGAAGCAUUGGCAAUGGGCAAAUUCGUUGUAUGUGCUGAUCAUCCCUCAAAUGAGUUCUUCAGGCAAUUCCCAAACUGCUUUCUCUGUGACAAAAGUGAUGCCUUUGUUAGGGGAAUUUUCAAAGCACUGACUGAAGAACCCGAGCCGCUGACCAAUGCGCAAAUGCACGAGCUCUCGUGGGAGGCUGCAACAGAACGUUUCCUAACCGCUGCUGAACUCGACCAGCCACUUGCAAAGAAACCUCAAAGAACUCGUUCCAAAAAGUUUCUAUCUAUGUCAUUGCAGCUUGGUAGAAAGUUUGAUGAUGCAUCAGCAUAUAUACAUCAUGUGACUCUUGGGUUCGAGGGGUCUCGACGAGCGUUCGGGGCUGUCCCCGGAAGCCUGCAUCCAGAUGAACAACAAUGCAAAGAGUUGGGAAUAGCUAGUCCUUCUAACAAAAGAGGUUGGAACAAGUGAUUAAAGUGAGUGCAUCAGUUAUGAUCCUAUUCAAAAUAUAUCCAAGGAUGUUAGAUUUUUAAUGUUAGGUGUGCAAGUUUGAAAGAUUGUUCACAUUUGCCCUCUUUAUUCUUACACAUGUUGUCUUUGUCUGAAGCUGAGAUUUGUAGUUAGAGCUUAACAUCAUGAAUGGUAUGGUAAUGUAACAGACCGCUUUGAGUAAUUCGAACCAUUGACAACAUAAAUUUUACAUUAA